CAUUAAUGAAUAAGAGUAGACUAACAACCAUGAUUUAUCACAGUGAAUAUAAUCACACCUUGGUGAUUGUUCUUUCAAAUUAACAGUGAAUAAAUCGAUAAAGCAAGACAGCUUUGUAAAAUGAGGCGUGAGGAGAACCUAACAUAUUGUUCGAAUGGUUACAAAACCAGCAGGAGAGCGUUAAUGUCAGGGAUAUAAUUCAGAUAAAUGGAUGUUUUCUGUUCCUCUCCCUCUCCGUCUUGUCUCUGAGGCUGGCAGAGGAGUGUGGGCGGCAAUACCAGCUGGGAUCAGAGGGAUGGAGAGGGUUGUUAGCUCACUCUGCCUCUAAUAAAUUUAUAACACCUCCUAGUGCAAAACAGUCCAAGAUGCUUACACGGUUUUAGUUUCAUGCUAUUAGUAGGAUUUGAAAGUCAGCGAUUAUUGUUUAAUAGCCAUCUGGCUUUUACAUAGUAUUUCUAAGUUGGUCAUCUGUUUUUAUUUGUGGAGUUUAUUAUUGUAACAAUGCAACUUGGGAAAUUGUAUGAUGCUCAGUUUAUGUGGUAGUUAUGUUGCCGUUUCCUCCUUCAUAUCCAGGCUGUAAAGGCUCUUCAUUUAAACUUUUUAUAAAAUGGUUUAACUUUAAAUCAUUGAAAUAGUCCAACUGUAUCAUUUACUGUUCUUUCUAAGUCUUUAGGCUGUGCUCCAUAAUGUGAACACAGUAGGUCAGUAGCCUUAAUGGGACUAAAAGAUGGAACACAUGCUGUCAUGUUUGUAGGAGGUCUCUCUUUCCCUCCCUCCUUUCCUCCCUCUUUCUCUCUUCCCUCUCUCUGACUGUAUGUCUCUCUCUCACUGUGCUUGAGCUGGUGUUACUGAACAUACAGUGAUUGUUUCUAACAGCCAGUGAGGCAUCUGUAUUAUACCGGAGACUCAUUUAAAAAGAGCUUUGCUUGGUCAUUGAAAUCAAGGCAUAUAAGUCAUAUUAGGUCAGCUCACCUGAAGACUGAAGUCGUCUCUGAGAGUCAGACAUGGACUGUCACAAUGAGGAUUGCAGCCGGCCCCAGGAGGAGGAGGACAUCAUGGACAUCCCCCUGGAUGACCCCGAGGCCAACAGGGCUGCUGCCAAGAUCCAGGCCGGCUUCCGUGGGCACAUGACCCGUAAGAAGAUGAAGCCGGAGGACAAAGUGGAAGGGGAGGAGGUGAGCAGCACUGGGGAUGUGCUGAACUGCAGCCAGGGGGACACAGAGACAGGAGGAUCGGGGGCAGUAGAAAGAGACGACACAUCUGUGCCAGAGCAGUGACGCCCCCUGUCCUGACCUGGAUGAAGAGGAAGAGAGGAAGCGAGAGAUGGCUGGCGUACGCUGGCUGGGCUGGCUUUCAGGCACAUCUUUUUACCCCAGGAGUCAUUUUAUUUUUCAAAACAAAUUAGCAGUAGAAAAAGAACCCACAGUUUUUAGGGUGUGAUAUGUGAAUUUUGUGAACUUUAACACUCAUUCUCUGCUUCUCCAGCAGUAUCAUCAGUACGGAUGUCUUUGACCCAGAAUGUGCAACUCACUGCAUGUACUUGUGAAACUUCUGGUAGUGUGCUAGUUUUUAGAUUGAUGAUCUGUGAAUGUGAAAAUGAAUGUCCUCUAAAUGCUAAACAGGGCUUAUAUCGGAUGGAUCAGUUCAUACCAUCUGUGUAUAGACUUUGUAUGCAGCAGCUUUAGAAAAUGUAGUGGCUUAAAUGAUUGAAUCUUUUGCUUUGUUUAUGCUAUGCUUGUAUCUUGACUAUUAUUGACCUAUUUGACUUGCUUACAAAAACGAUUAAAACAUCUAAAGAGAA